UAAACUUCCUUUUCUCCUCUCCUUCUCCGUCUCACAAUCCCCUCUGCUCUCUCUCUCUCUAGAAACUCGAAUCUACAUCUUCUCUCUCUCUGGUAGAAUUCUCCCUUGCGACAGCCGAAUCUGUUUGCAGUAUUCCAAUUCAGUAAGCUACGUUUGUGGGGCAUUCGAUUCCGCCAAAUUCUUCCUUUCGUCAUUGCAUUUCUUUCUCUCUAACUUAGGGUUUUCUCGUUUUUGUCUGGUAAUUUCCUAUCUCCGCUUUUCGGAUUCCAUUGUGUUCUUAUCGUUGUUCGUUCGUUUUCCUUUGCAACCGUAGUUUCGUCUUGUUGAUCUGAAGAAAAAAAAAAAAAAAAGGGAUAAAUUAUCGUAGUCUGUGAUUGUUCUUUCUGGGUAUAUUUGGUGCGGCUAAUUCCUUAUUGUUUCCCCUUUGUUCACCCACCUGUGCUUCAAUCUGGGUUUACCUUCUUAUCGAGAAACUCCGUGAAAUUUUGGUGUGCUGUGUUUUUGUUUGCUAUCCGAAAUUGAGAGUUCUUUUUCGAUUCUUUUAUGUUGGAUCUCUUCUACUAGUUCCUUUUUUCUCUCUCUUUUGUCAUUUUCUUCCUUAUGUUCUCUUCUACCUUCUUUCCCUUGGCGCCUGAAGACAAUAGAAAAAUCUUGGGUUAGGGUCUACCUGUAAUGGCCUUGAAUUUUUCACAUCGACCGAUCUUUCCCGCACAUCUUUCGGAGGACAAUUUGGUUUCUUCGAUGAGCAUUUCAAGUGGUUUUGUCGUCGAUGGUGUUCCCGAGAGGAAUUCUGACGUUUAUGGGACGUCCUGGUUGAUUACCCGGGAGCUCGUGGAUUGCCUUGAUUUUUUAGAGGACACCUGCAAAGGGGGUGGGCGAGAUUGUGUCCCGGGGGAUAUUCUGGAUCUCUUGCCUUCAGAUCCAUUUGGUAUGGAUAUAAGUACCACUUUUACAGCAAUCACAGGCUGGCUUGACGAUCUGAACGUAGACUAUGGUGGUGGAUAUGGAGGAGAUGAGAGAGUCCCAGUUGAUGGGAGUAGUCGGCUUUUUGCUGAAUUGAACUACCUUUGGAACAAUGCUUUUAGGUUCCAGGCGUCUCCCUUUGGAAACGAAGGAAUUCCUCAUAGUUCGAGUGAGCUGAGGGCAUUCGGUGUGUGGUCAGAUGAGAGAGAAGCAGGUGGUGUAUCCUGUCAUUCUGAGCCUAAGUCACCAUAUGGUGAAGAUACAAUUCAGAUUCUUGGUACUGAACCUGAAAUUUCUGGGGAUGGAUUCGGUGCGUGGUCUGAUGGGAUAAAAGCAGAUGGUUUAUCCUGCCUUACUGAUCCUCAAUCCCCUUAUGUUGUGGAUACAACAAUUCGCACUCUUGGUAUUGAACCUGAAAUUUCUGGAGGCGGAUUCAGUGCGUGGUCUGAUGGAAGAAAAGGAGGUAGUUUAUACUUCCAUAUUGAUCCUCAAUCAUCAUAUGUUGUGGAUACAAUUAAAACUCUUGGCAUUGAGCCUGAAAUUUCUGGAGGGGGAUUCGGUGCAUGGUCUGAUGGAAGAAAAGCAGGUUGUUUAUCCUUCCAUACUGAUCCUCAAUCGUCAUAUGUUGUGGAUACAAUUCAGACUUUUGGUACUGAACCUGAAAUUUCUGGAGGGGGAUUCUGUGUGUGGUCUGAUGGGAGAAAAGCAGGUGGUUUAUCCUGCCAGACUGAUCCUCAGUUAUCAUACAUAGUGGAUACAAUUCAGACUCUUUGUAUUGAACCUGAAAUUGCUAAGGGAAUAUUCGUUGCAUGGCCUGAUGGGAGAAAAGCCGGUGGUCUAUCCUGCCAUCCUUAUCCUGAAUCACCAUCAUAUGUUGUGGAUAUAAGUCUGCCUCUUGGAAUUGAACUUGAAACUUCUGGGGUGCAAUCUGUAGUUCGUGAUGAGGGAAGUCAUGUCUCUAUUGAUGCAGGUGGGUCUCCUCAUGCAGCUUUAAAUUUUGUGCUUGGUUAUCUGGGCACGCGGGAACUUCUUAUUGUUGAAUCAGUUUGCAAGUCACUGCAGUCAGCUGCAGAAGGAGACCCUUUCUUUUGGAGAAACAUUAACAUAUGUGGAAAGCUGGAUGUGAAGAUUACAGACGAUGUUCUCUUAAAGCUGACUAGCAAGGCUCAAGGUGGUUUGGAAAGUUUGAGCCUCGUGAACUGCGUAAUGAUAAGUGAUGAUGGUCUCAACCAGGUUCUUCUCAAUAAUGCUAAGGUCACAAAGUUAUGUGUUCCAGGAUGCACAAGACUCACCAUUGGAGGCAUUGUUAAUAAUUUGAAGGCCUUCAAGUCAAAAGGUAGUCCGGGAAUGAAACAUUUAAGUAUAGCUGGAAUGUAUGGAGUAACAGAAGCUCAUUUUAAAGAGCUGGAGAAGCUGUUAUUAGGUACUGACAACUUGACCCAACUAAAUACUCACGAGCCUCGAUUUUAUCGAGGUGGAACUCAUCUUCCUUCAUGCAAUGAUGGGCGUGCCAUUGACAUAGAAAGAUGCCCAAAAUGCACGAACAUGAGGAUCGUUUAUGACUGCCCGGUGGUUGGCUGUAAGGGAAUAAAGGAAGGUGACACAAACCCUGAUGCCAACACUCAGAAAUGCCGGGGAUGCACCCUUUGCAUAGCUCGGUGCGACUGGUGUGGACGUUGCAUUGACGAGACAGUACAUGAGGAGACAUUUUCUCUGGACUUGCGUUGCAUUGAUUGUGGGAAGGAGAUAUUGAAAUGUGAAUAAGAGGGUGGGAGAACUGGGUUCUUCCAUCCUUGAUGAAGAGACUUGCAGCUUCUUGAUUCUUGGUUAAGUAUUAUUAUCUGCAUAUAUAAGUCAAUUUUUUCAGAUUGGUUCUGGCGAGAAAUCCAGAGCAGCCAAUGAUCGGAGAAUUGACUGGCAUUGUCAAAUCCAAAUGUUGAAUUUUUUAGACUUUUGAACGACUCCGAAGAAAAAAAGAAAAAAAAAGAGAAAAAGCUGAAAGUAUACGACAUAGUGUGAUGAAAUGGGUGCGCUAUGGUUCUGGAAAUAACUUCCGAUUAUUGUAUUGGUGUACGAGUCUUACGUAUAAUCAUAUGUUGAUGAAUAAUGCUUUUAGGAACUGGUGUUUCAGAGUUAA